AUGAAGACCUUCUUCAUUGCAACUGUUCUCCCUGCUUUUGUGCUCGGGCUCGGGCUCAGAGAGGUUGAUGCCGUCAACCCUGACUGCACCACCACCGUCACUUUCCCUCCACUGGUCAUCUCAACACCGCCGAGCGGUCCUCCAGUCCGGACAUACACCAUUACCUGGAGCGAGCCGCCACAAGCGUGCGUCGUCAUUGAGGCAUGUCCUGAUCCGCACGCCCAAACCAAGCCGGCGACUGGGCUUCCAACAGACUUGGCUACCGCCACUGUUGUGUGCCAGGGGCCGGCGGGAACGUCGACAUUGUCCAAGCCCAUCACCAUACCCACUGGGGCUCCAGGGGGCUCUGGAGGUCCAAGUCCUGGCGGCAACCCCGCGAAUCCUCAGUCUCCGGCGAACCCCGGCGCUCCUGGUGCCCCCGCGGCUCCUGGUCCCAAGCCAACACAGAAUAGUGCAGCGCCAAACGGCGGUGACUCCACCUCUCCGGCAGUUGUUCCCGGGAGCUCGACCACUCCGGCCACUGUGGUGACUGCAGGUACUAGUCCAUUGCGCGCAACGUACCUUGGUAGUAGCAUAGCAGUUGUUCUUGUUCUCGGAAACUUUUUCCUAUGA